GCAGCGGGCGGCCUGGGAGGGCGAUGUGGCGGCGGCGGGCGCGGGGCGUCGGCGGGGGGUGGGCGGCUGUAUCCCUGCUGCUGUCCCUGGCGCUGCCCGCGGCGCGUCCCCGCGGGCUGUACUCAGCUGAUGACCCUCUGGAGCUGCUGGGGAGCGGGGCGGAGGGGCGGCUGCUGGGCUCCCCCAGCGCCUGGGCCGUCGAGUUCUUCGCCUCCUGGUGCGGGCACUGCGUGCACUUCGCGCCCACAUGGCGGGCACUGGCGUACGACCUGCAGGAGUGGAGACCUGCAGUGAUGCUGGCAGCCAUCGACUGUGCUGAUGAGGCCAACCAGCAAGUUUGCUCCGAGUUUGGGAUAACUGGCUUCCCCACACUGAAGUUCUUCAGAGCUUUUAGCAAGAAGGCAGAGGAUGGGAUAAGGAUUACCAAUCCCAGCGCCACCGUCAGGGAGCUGCGCCAUGCCAUCAUCACCAACCUGGAGCAGAGCAAGGACGCCUGGCCCCCCGCCUGUCCUCCGCUGGAGCCAGCAAGCACUGAGGAGGUUCGUACCUUCUUCCAGCAGAACAAGGACCAGUACCUGGCACUGAUCUUUGAGAAGAGUGACUCCUUUGUGGGCAGAGAGGUGACACUGGACAUGCUGCAAUAUGAGAAUGUGGCAGUGAGGAGGGUGCUGAGCAGUGAGGAGGAGCUUGUGGAGAAGUUUGGUGUCACCACCUUCCCUUCUGCCUACCUGGUCCUCCGCAAUGGCUCCUUCUCCCGCCUGCCUGUGCACAUAGAGGCACGUUCCUUCUACACCUACUACCUGCGCACGCUCUCAGGUGUCACCCGUGGCUCCUACAAGCUGAAUGCCACCCUCGACACCUCUAAUGAGACCACCGUGUCCCAGCUGAAGCGUGCCGACCGCUCCAAGCUCUACAUGGCUGACCUGGAGUCUGCCCUGCACUACUCUCUGCGGGUGGAGGCUGCUCGUGCUGCCAAGCUGUCAGGAGACCAACUGGCUGCCUUCAAGUGCUACGUGUCCAUGCUUGUGAAGUACUUCCCUGGGCGCCCCUGUGUGCAGACCUUCCUGCAGUCCUUGGAUGGAUGGCUGAGGAACUGGACAGAGCCUGAGCUGCCCCGCAGCACCUUGAAGGAGGCCAUGAAGAAUAACAGAGAUGCCUCCCACCCUGCUGUGCUCCCCACCAACGUGACCUGGGUGGGCUGCCAGGGCAGUGAACCCCACUUUCGUGGCUACCCCUGUGGGCUCUGGACUGUCUUCCACCUGCUGACUGUCCAGGCUGCCCAGAGCGGCCCUGACAAAGAGCUGCCGCUGGAAGUGCUGGGCACCAUGCGCUGCUACGUCCGACACUUCUUUGGCUGCCAGGAGUGUGCUGAGCACUUUGAGGCCAUGGCGGCCAAGUCCAUGGACCAGGUGGCAGGCCGGGAGGAGGCCGUCUUCUGGCUCUGGUCCCACCACAAUGAGGUCAAUGCUCGUCUGGCAGGAAGUGACACGGAGGACCCCAGGUUCCCUAAGCUGCAGUGGCCUCCGCCAGACAUGUGUCCCCAGUGCCACAAGGAGGAGCAGGGGGUGCAUGCCUGGGACAAGCCAGCUGUGCUCACCUUCCUCAAGGCACACUUCUCCCCAGCCAACAUCUACCUGGACUAUACUGAGGCUGACCCUGUCCCCGUGGCUGGGGGGGGUACAGACACCAGGCUGGGCACCGAGGGCCCUCGAGAAGUGAGGGAGAAGGAGGAGGAUAAGGAGGAAAAAGAGACGGAGGGUGAGAUGAGAGCUCCAUGGCAACCGGGCUCCCCUGAGCCCCGGCGCCCCAGCAUCGUGAGGCUGAACCCCAAGCUGUGGCAGGUGGGUGAGGACAUUGUGGACCUGGACUCCUUCAGCGAGCAGCACUUCAAGAGCCAGGCACUGCGAGCGGCAGCCGGACGGCACCGGCGGAUCAGCAAGCGGGACACCAUUGCUCUGCCCCUGGCUGCUGGGCCACGCUGGGAGCACCGCCGGGCUCCCGCUCUCCUGGUCCGGAAGGAAGAGGAGGAGGAGCGUGUGCGGAGGAGCCCCUGGCUGCGGGUGCUUGGCUUGGGCUUCUCCCGCCUGGAUGUCAGCCUGUGCGUCGCCCUGUACCUCCUCUCCUCCAUGUGCCUGCUGGGCAUGUACACCUUCUUCCGUCUCCGCACCCGUGCACGGAAAGGCCGCCUUGGCUUCCCUAUGGCCUGAGAGCGUCUGGGGGCUGCCCCUGGGGGGGGGUGAUGGAGUGGGCUGCUGGGCCAGUGCACCCCAGUGUUUUUGUCAAGGUGCAUCCUCCCUGCUCACAGCAGUCACCUCACUCAGGAUAGGGGGGGUGGAGGGAAGGGGGAUGAUUUGUGGGGGGAAGAUGUCGGAGCAUUCCCCCCCCCUUGACUCACAGUACCAAGUUUAGAGUGCAUGGGAGCAGGUCCAGUCUCAGAACCUGUGGAGCUCCCUGUUGCUGGGCUGUUUUCAAACUGGGAAGCCCAGUGCUGUGCUGGGGUGCAGCCCUUUAGGGUCAAACCACUACUUGGGGCCAGGAGGGUGGGGGUUUAGCCCUCAGGGAAAGUGGGCAUUGCUGAGCAGUGGGGGUGCAGUUGUGGGUGCAGCUGCAUUGUGUGUAUGUGUCCCCCCUCUUUGAGAUGUGGACUGGCCCCCCCACCUUUCUUCACGCCCUCCCUGUGCUGUUGUUUGCUCUCUGCUUGUCUUAGUGGAAUAAAUUAUUUUUGCUGA